AUGUCUAUCCGCCUCGGCGGAGUGUACCUCGUACCUACUAGUCCGGUGGGAACACCGACAGGAGGAACUCCCACCACUCCGAUAAAAACGACAAAUAUUUUAUUAGGACCGCAGCGUAGUAAUAGUUUGGAUUAUUUAAAUUUCGAAGAGAAAAGACAGAUAAUUGCGUCGAGUUUGUCUCUGUCGGAUUUUCUACAGCAUGGACCCGCCGUGGCUGCUGCCAAAGGGGUCGAAGCGACGAAAAUUAUCGUAGCCGCACGUAAUCGUGUACGUAUUUACGUUAUCAUUGACGUUCGAUUGACAGUCGAUUUUACGAUGGAAAGCGGUAGUAAUAAUAAUAAUGAUGAUACCUUAUUAAUUAUUCCAUUGUCCUCGUAG